UAGUGUAGACAGGACCUGACGUCGGGGAGUCCUGCUCAGCUGUGAGCGUGGUGACGCACAGGUCUUCCUGGGCCCACGUGUGUACAGUGUGUGCUAUGGCCGGAGACGGGUGUUUUGGUUAGCGUUGUAAAUUCUGCCAGGUUUAAGCAUUGCAGUUAUUUUGCUGAAGUACAGAUAUGGGGAAAUUAAACGUGGUUGUGCUGAGGUACCUCUCGAGGGAAGAUUUCCGUGUCCUCACUGCUGUUGAGAUGGGAAUGAAGAAUCAUGAAAUCGUACCUACUAGUCUGAUCGCCUCAAUUGCAAGUCUCAAACAUGGAGGAUGUAAUAAAAUCUUGAGAGAGCUGGUCAAACAUAGACUGCUGGUCUAUGAGCGCUCAAAAAUGGUGCAGGGCUACCGUUUGAGUUAUGGUGGGUAUGAUUAUUUAGCCCUGAAAACUAUGUCGUCCCGAGACACACUCGACUCAGUUGGGAACCAGAUGGGAGUGGGCAAAGAAUCAGAUAUCUACAUUGUAGCAAAUGCAAAACAGGAGCAGUUUGCAUUGAAGCUUCAAAGACUGGGGAGAACCUCGUUUCGGAACCUGAAGAACAAGCGCGAUUACCACCAGCACCGGCGCAAGAUGUCUUGGCUCUACCUUUCCCGUCUGGCAGCCAUGAAGGAAUUUGCAUACAUGAAGGCUUUGUAUGAGCGAGGGUUUCCAGUGCCUAAACCAGUGGAUUACAACAGACAUGCUGUUGUGAUGGAGCUGAUCAAUGGAUACCCGCUUUGCCAGGUACACCAUGUGGAAGAUCCAGGUGCUUUAUACAGUGAAUUGAUGGACCUGAUUGUGAAACUGGCGAAUCACGGCUUGAUUCAUGGGGAUUUCAACGAGUUUAACGUGAUGAUGGAUGAUGAAGACCACGCCACGAUCAUUGAUUUUCCGCAAAUGGUGUCCACUUCCCAUCUGAAUGCUGAAUGGUAUUUCGACAGAGAUGUCAAAUGCAUUCGAGACUUCUUCCUGAGGCGAUUUGGUUAUGAAAGUGAGCUGUAUCCCACCUUUAAAGACAUCCGGAAGGAGGAGUCCCUGGAUGUGCAGAUUUCUGCCAGCGGCUACACCAAAGAGAUGCAGCUCGACGAUGAGCUCCUGCACCCAGCGGGCCCUGAGGGAGAGCACGAAGGUGUGGAGGAGUCCGACGAGGAGGAGGAUAGUGAAGCUGGAUCAUGCCAGUCAGGGAGUGAGACUGGCAUUACCGAAGACCUCAGCCCCUUACAAGGCCAGGUGGACCUGACGGAGUUCAAACAGGCCUUACUGGAGCUGGAAGGACCAACAGCAGAGGGGAGUGAUCAGCCCCGUACAGAACGGGGGCCUGGGAGUGCCACAGUGACAGAGGAGAGUGAUGGGCGGGAGCUUGAAGAUGAGUGUCCUGAUUUAGUGGACCUUUCUGCAGCCAACAAAGAAUUCAGGGCUUUCAGAGACGAGGAGAGCAUGCUGCAUAUCAACGGACACAGACGGAGAACCAGCAGCAUGACGUCAGUUGGCAGCAUGGCAAGCUGUUCCACGAUUCCGCCGGAAUUGGUGAAACAGAAGGUGAAAAGGCAGCUGACGAAGCAACAGAAGUCAGCACAAAGAAGGCGCUUGCAGAAGGGCGAGGCCAGUCUGGUCACCAAAGAGAGGCGGGACAACCUCCAGGAUAUUAAAUCUAGUGUGGAAGCAGCUUCGUUCUGGGGCUGAAGAGCACCGUGCCCACCAUGGCAUUGGAACAGCGGGAGUGUCUGUACAGGAUUGCAUUGUGGAGCUGUUUCUAUACCAGGAACUGCUUGCAGUACUGUUCAACCAUAUUGUACAUUAUCUAAUGAAUAAACUUUCAUAAUGAUCUCAGUAA